UCUGAUCUCGUUUUUGAGCUGCUGCUGCUGCUUUAUUGUCUGUGUUUUUAAGGAACAUGGAUUUGAAGAAUGUUGGUGUUCAUGUUCUUGUUCUUGGGUUGCUGUAUUUCAACUGCUUCGUUGAAUUUGGAUCUGAUGCACAACCUCUGCCCCAACAAGAAGUGAGCGCCCUUCAAGCAAUUUCAGAAGAGCUGAAGAAUUUAAGUUGGAAUGUCCACCAGAAUUCUUGCAGUAAUGGAGACGGAUUUUCUAACAGACUUAUCAGUGCUACCAAUAUCAGAGAGGUGAAUUGCAGUUGUAAUUCAUCUACUUGCAGCAUCCGCAGCAUUCGGCUGAAGGGUCUCAAUCUAACCGGAGUUCUACCGGCUGCAUUUGCGAAUCUUACUCGACUGCAGUACUUAGAUCUGAACGGCAAUUUGAUAAAUGGAUCAAUUCCUAAGGAGUUUGGUCGCAUUCCUCUCGUUACUUUUUUUAUGGUGGGAAACCGGCUUAGUGGUCACAUUCCUCAAGAAAUUGGUGAUAUUGCUUCGCUUCAGGAACUGAACUUGGAAAAUAAUGAGCUUGAAGGAAAUCUUCCUGAGAGCUUCGGCAAACUGAGCCAGUUGCGAAGAUUACUUCUUUCUUCAAAUCAUUUCACAGGCUCCAUUCCUGAUUCUUAUGGGAACUUGAAGAACAUGACCGAUUUUUGGAUAGAUGGAAAUGAUUUAUCUGGAAGACUACCUGAAUUUAUUGGCAACUGGACUAAACUUUAUAAACUUCGUAUUCAAGGAACUUCCAUGGAGAAUCCCAUUCCUCGAGCCAUAUCCGAGUUGGAAAACUUAACCGAAUUGAUGAUAACUGAUGUGAAAGGGCCAUCCACAAACUUUCCUGAUUUGACUCGAUUGAAACGUUUACAAAUACUGGUCUUAAGAAAUUGCCUAAUCGAGGAUCGUAUCCCACCAUACCUUGGACAGAUUAGUACACUAAGAACUUUAGAUCUAAGCUUCAACAGAUUAAGUGGUCCAAUUCCAGACACAUUUCAAAAUCUCGUUAAUGCCUUCAAAUUUUUCAUGUUCCUUAGUAACAACUCGUUGAGCGGUCAAGUACCGAGCUGGAUUGUGAACAACCAAAAGUACAUAGAUUUAUCUUACAACAAUUUUACAGGCCCGCCUGUUUCCAGUUGUCCACAGUCUAACAAUGUGAACUUGGUUUCCAGUUAUUCAACAGCCUUGAAUAAUACUGAUGCUUGGUGUCUAGUGAAGGGUUUCCCUUGCCCAACUGAAGCUCGAUAUGAUUCAUUGUUCAUAAAUUGUGGAGGAGAAAGAAUAAAGAUUGAUGGCAAGGAAUACGAAAAUGACGAGGCUUUGGUUGGCAAAUCCAAUUUUUUUUCUCCCUCUGAAAGAUGGGGUUACAGCAGUACUGGUGCUUUCUUGAUAAAUACUGUUGACGGCCCUCCUUACAAAGUUAAAAGUAGCAAUGAGUCUGUUUCAGGUGUCUAUGCCACAGCUCGUCUUGCACCUAUUUCGCUCAAGUACUACGGAUUUUGCUUGCGAAGUGGCAGUUACAAUGUGAAGCUUCACUUUGCUGAAAUUAUGUUUACUGCAGACGAAAUCGGAAGGCGCAUAUUUGAUAUCUCAAUUCAAGGAAAGUUGGUAAAAGAAAAUUUUAACAUAGCGGAGGAAGCUGGAGGGGUGAAUAAGAGUUUUUUUCUGGAAGAGUCUAAUAUUCUAGUAACUAGCAAUACUCUUGAAAUCCACUUAUAUUGGGGUGGUAAAGGAACAACUGCGAUCCCAAACGCAGGGGUGUAUGGACCUCUAAUAUCUGCAAUUACAGUGACACCCAACUUUGACGUGGAAACUAGAGAGCUAUCAGCUGGAGCUAUUGCCUGCAUUGUUGUUGGUACUUUUGUGCUGUUCGUAUUUAUAUUGGUUGUACUUCGAAGGAAAGGUUACUUAGGUGGGAAGGAAACUGAAGACAAUGAAUUUCGGGCCCUAAAGUUACAAACGGGUUAUUUUAGCUUAAGACAAAUCAAAACAGCAACCAACAACUUUGACUUGGAACAUAAGAUAGGCGAGGGAGGUUUUGGUCCUGUCUACAAGGGAGUGCUCUUGGAUGGUACUCCAAUUGCUGUAAAGCAACUAUCCUCUAAAUCAAGCCAAGGGAACCGCGAAUUCAUCAAUGAAAUAGGCAUGAUAUCUGCAUUACAACAUCCAAAUCUUGUUAAGCUGUAUGGUUGCUGUAUCGAAGGAAACCAACUGUUGCUUAUUUAUGAGUAUCUCGAGAACAAUUGCCUUGCCCGCGCACUUUUUGGGCCCGAGGAGCACUUACUACAUUUGGAAUGGCCAGCAAGAAUGAAUAUAUGCUUGGGAAUAGCAAAGGGGUUGGCUUUCCUUCAUGAAGAAUCUAGAUUGAAAGUUGUUCAUAGAGAUAUAAAAGCUACUAAUGUUCUGCUUGAUAAAAAUUUGAACGCUAAGAUCUCAGACUUUGGGUUGGCUAAGCUUAAUGAAGAGGAGAAUACUCAUAUCAGCACAAGAAUUGCGGGCACAAUAGGUUACAUGGCUCCGGAAUAUGCAACGAGGGGUUAUUUAACUGAUAAAGCCGAUGUUUACAGUUUCGGAAUUGUGGCCUUAGAAAUUGCCAGUGGAAAAAGUAACACAAAUUACAGAUCACAUGAGAAGUUUGUUUAUCUUCUUGAUUGGGCUUGUGUUCUACAAAAAGAAGGAAACCUACUGGAACUUGUUGAUCCAAGUCUUGAAUCAAACUACUCAAAGGAAGAGGUCAUGAAGAUGCUUCAUAUAGCUCUCUUAUGUACGAAUCUCUCUCCAACUCUAAGACCUUCUAUGUCUUCUGUGGUUAGCAUGCUUGAAGGCAAAAUGGAUGUGCAAACACCGAGCAUCAAGCACGAUGCAGUUGAUCAAGAUGCGAGGUUCAAUGCCUUUGAGUUGUCGGAAGACAUUUCAAGCCUUGUUUCAACAUCCUCGCCAGGCAUCCACACACUUGGGUCAUCAUGUAUUGACUCAUCUUCUUGUACCCAUAACAAGAAUGGGACUCAAUACUAUUCUUCAACAGGAAGUCUCCUCAAAUAUCAGUGAAUCAAACCAAAUGCUCAAGCUGGCCAUCAAAGUUGAUGCCAUUUGUGAUGAUUCAUAAGGAUGAUGAUGAUAUUGAGACAAUAGUCUCAUUAGUUUUCAUGGUUUUAUUUUUAGUUUACAUCAAGAGAUUUUAUAUCCAUUUUCAUAAUUUAUAAACUCACGAUCUUUCUAUUUCUAAAUAAAUUUAGAUUUUAGUCGCAUUUUUAAU